AUGAAUGAGGACAAGAUGUUGAUACCUCGUAAGACUCAACUCUUAAAGGCCGUUGAUGUAAGUUUUUUUGUUUAUUUUGUAUGUUAUUCAAUUUAGGGCCGACAAAAGUCGUCAAUCUUGGAGAAGGAUGGACGGGUAUUGGAACGGGUUUACUGGUCUGGAAACAAAGCUGUUGUGUAUAGAGGUGUUACCAACAUCUUGUUGAGGACACAUUUUGCCGUUGGACAGAUUAACAGCGUAAGAAGUUUUAUAUUUGAUUAUUUGUGAUCUCUUUUGCAUGUUAUAGUAGAUGAAACGUGUGGAAUGACGUAUAAUGCUUUAUAACUUUUGUUUUAUGAACUUUUAGGCUUUAAGGUUGCUAUCUUUAGCAAGAAUAUUGUUUUGUGAUUUUAAUAAUAUUAAUUUUUAGGCAUUUUAUCAUGACUUUGGCUUAGAACGAUCUAAUGAUCACCUUGUUAUCUGUUCAGAAGAAGAAUUAAAGUUGAUCUCUUUGGAGAGCAACGAAUGUCACGCUUUAUCACUGCCAAUGAAAGUAUGUUUAUUUUACGUUAUUUUUAUUUCUUCUGCUUUUAGUUUGAAGCUUGUUUUGGAUGUGAACAUGGACUAAUUUUGGUGAGGAGUCGAGCUGAUGAGGAGUAAGUAGUCAAGGUUAAUAUUCUUGAUGUAACUUAUUAUAAAACAAUCUAUUUUAUGAAAAUUUGGCUUUAAAAAGAUGCAGAAUAGUCUGCUGUUUAAGAUUUAUUACCUAAAAAUUUUUUUUUUUCAGAAACCGCGGCCCAGCCACACUAUAUUCUUUGUCACAUCCAUAUGGGGAACUGCUUCCAGUGUUAUGUAGAUUUAAAGACAGCAAUAUGAUAGCUCAGUUAUCACAAAAACGUCUUGACUUGGUGUCGGACUUCGGGAAAUCAAAGUAUAUUCUUGGAUUUGAUAACCAAAAGGGGUUGAACUGUUUGUUCUUGGUCAGACGAUGUAAUGAUGAAGAGAAGAGGAUAGCUAGGACAGAUUUGAGUGUAGCCGCCAACCGGUCGUAUUUACAUUACUCUGGAGUUUCUGAACUGCGUAAGGAUGUUUUUCUGAUGUUAUCAGAUUUGGAUGUUGUUUAAAAUGGCUGUUUUACAAAAGUUAUGACGUGGUUUGGCGAGUAAUGUUCAAAAGGCCAGAUUUUUUAAUAAAAAAAUCAUUUUCAAGCAUUUUUUACAACUUAAAGGACAAAGCAACUAAUUUCAGACUCAACAAACCACACUCCAACACAAUCUCGACCAAUAUCAGUGAAUGCAUCAACCCCAUUGGGCACUAAUCUUAUGAGGAAGUUCAAAACUCCAGGCACUUCUGGGUCCCCAGUGCCUUUUUUGUCAAAAACGAUGGACAAAAAGUAUUCGGAAAAUGGUGCUACAAUGAAAUUGUUGACUAGUUUUAGUAAGUUUUGGGUAAAAGAAGGCCUUGUUUGGGUUUAUAUUGAGAACGAAGAUAGAUUUUGGAAUUUUGAGGGUGUUUAUGGCAUGGAUAAUAUAAUUUUAGUUGUUUUUAAGGGAUUUUUUUGCUGUUUUUAAGUGAUGUAUGAAAGUCUAGAUAUUUUCUUGGCUUUUUUUUCUUUGUUUUUUAAGAGCAUUGUUACCUAAAAAUAUUUUUUUUGAAAAUUUAAAAAUUUUAAUUUUUAGGUAACAUAAUAUGUAAAUUGAUAUUACACUAAGCAAUAUAAACCUUUAGAUAACAAAAAUUAUCAUUUUAAGGUAAUCACAAUUCUUAUCAACAGCCAUUGGACUACACAUCAGCGACAACAGUCUUAAGUGCCAUAACAGGUCAACCAGAAGCUGAAUUCGAUGAAAAUGCAGUGGAAUUUGUUUUAGAAUGCGUAUGGACAGAUGAAAAUCAAAAAAGUACUCAAGCACCUCGAAGUCCCUCAAGGUUGCCAGUUAUGCAAUCACCACAGGUCUCCGGACCGGUUCACAAAAGAGCGACCAAAGGACGGUCGAAAGUGGAUCGUGAUCUGAUCGAACAGUUGAAUAAGGUGAGCUUUUGGAAUUUUUAAAUGGAAGAUGAUGUUUUUUGUUUGGGGCUUAUGACAUUUUUAAGCUUGAAAUGGCAUUUUUAGGCUUAAAACGACAUUUUUAAGACUAUAAUGACAUUUCUAAGCUUAUAAGGGUCUUUUAUGAAAAAUAUGACAUUUUCAGACUUAAUAUGACAUUGAAAGCUUACCAAGACAUUGAUCAGCCUAAAAUAUCAUUUUAAGCCUAUGAUCAAAUUUUUAAGCUUAAUAUAACAUUUAUAAGCCUAAUAUGACAUUCUAAGCUUUAAAAGUCAUUUUUAAACCCCAAACGAUGAGUUUAAGUAUAAGAUGACAUUUUUAAGCUUAAAGGGCCAUUUUUAAGCCUAAAGUAACUUUUUAUGUUAUAAUUGACAUUGCUAAGCCUAAAGUGGCAUCCUUAAUCCUAAUAAGAAUUUUUAAAGUUUUUAAUAACGCUUUUAAGCCUAGAAUGAUACAUUUAAGCAUAAUACAACAUUUUAAGCCGAUUUUUACAUAUUUAAGCCUAACUUGACAGUUUUGGGCUUUGUAUUAAGUUUUUGAUCUAAAAUGACAUUUUUAUGCUUAUUAUGACAUUUUCAAGCCUACUAUAGAUUUUUUUUCAAAAAAUUACGUUUUUUGUUGUAGUAACUCAAAUAUGACAUUUUUCAAUUUCAGGACUUUUACCAAAACAAACGAGCCUCAUCAGCCUUUCUGUCGACCGAUCUCAGCGGCCGAACCUACCUAAUUCUAGUCUGCUCAACCCAAAACCUUGUCAAAAUUGUAGAAAUCGACCAAGAAACUGGCGCGUCGACCGGUAAAAUGGAGAUUUGUCACGGGUGUGUAGCCAUGAAUCUACCAGGCCAGUCUUUUUGGAUUCUGGCUACAGUAACACCAAUUGCAUUGGCUUUGUAUUCUGGAUACGAUAAGGUGAUAGACAUUGCCAGUGCUUUCUUCGCCAACAAACAUCAUUUACAGUUGAGUCGAAUCGUUCAACUGAUUGCUAGGGGUGGAUUCGACUUUGAAACGGUAGGGUUUUUUGUUUGAGGCGAGGUAUGAGCUGGGGCGAGGAUAUAUUAUAAUACAUUUUUAAAGGUAGACAGGGGGCUUAAAUUAAAUUUUCAAGGUUAAAAUGACAUAUAUAAGAAUAAAAUGACAUUUUUCAGCUUAAAGGUACAUUUUAAGCUUGAAAUUAUUUUUUUUAAGCAUAAGAAGACAUUUUAAGCCUAAAGGCACAUUUUUAAGCCUAAAGUUACAUUUUAAGCCUAACGGUACAUUUUUAAGCCUAAAGGUACAUUUUAAGCUUAAAAGCACAUUUUAUAAGCAUAAGAAGACAUUUUAAGCCUAAAGCUACAUUUUUAAGCCUAAAAGACAUUCUUAAGCCUAAACGUACAUUUUUAAGCCUACAGCUACAUUUUUAAGCCUAAAGUACAUUCUUAAGCCUAAACGUACAUUUUUAAGCCUACAGCUACAUUUUUAAGCCUAAAGUACAUUCUUAAGCCUAAAGCUACAUUUUUAAGCCUAAAGGUACAUUUUAUACCUAAAAUGACAACUUUAAGACUAAAAAUACAUUUUUAAGCCUAAUGUGACAUUUCUAAACUUAAAAUAAUGUUUUUAUACUCAAAGUGACAUUUUAAAUUAAAAGCAGCAUUUAAAAAAUUCAUUUUCAGAUAGUGGAAAUGGUCCCAACAGCCAUCGACUCACCCGCCGAACCAAUAGAAAAGAAGCCGAGAAGCGGGUUCACAUCGCCCAGAAAGCGAUGUUACACUACAGAACCUAACUUUACAUUUGCCAAAGCUUUACCAAGCCCAUCGUGGUCACAGCCAAGUACAUCUGAAAUUGGCAGAAAUGGUAAAAACUGGCAUUUUUUGAACUUAAAAUUUGAAAAAAAUGAGAAAAAUGGAAUUUUUUGAAAAUUUUUCCCUUAAAAACUGGUGUUGGGCUGUUUUUUGUUGAAAUAUGUAAAUUUUUGACAUUCUUUAGAUCUGUUUUUAUCACAAUAUUUAUUUCAGCCUACCCCCAAUUAACCUCAGACUCAGUAUUCUUCAUUUUCCACCUGAAACUCGAGCUAGAACCUAUAACAACAUUGGGAAAACAGCUAUUCAAUGACAUUUUGAACGGAAUCGAAACUCAAGAACGGAAGAUGACAUUUGUUAAACGAUGGGCCAUGAAAAACAAUCAUCGGAUAGUGAGAAGCAAUCCGGAUGUGAUCGCUGAAAUGGAGCUGGGCCUGCUCUUCGAGUGCCUCUUCGAAACGAUUGGGAUCAGUGUGGAGGAGAUGCCUUUUAUGUUUAUGGUGGGUAUUUAUGGUGGUGGUAGGGGUUGUUAACAAGGAUGUCACUAUUGGUUUUUUUGGGGGAGGGGGGGGGGAAUUUUGAUGAUAAAAAAUAACUUUUUAGUCUGGGUUUGAAAUUUUUUAAAAUUUUUAAUUGAAUUCUUAAGCCUAGAUUUGCUAAUCUGAAACUACCUGAAGCUAAGGGUAAGCCUAGGGUUAAGGGUCAGCGUAAGCUAUAGCUUAAGUUUUAGUGCUAGCUGAAGUCUUAGCUUAAGCACUGGUCUCAACUCUAGGUUUCGUCAUAAUUCUAACCCGUUCUAGUCUUAGUCUUAUCAUAUAUCUAUUCUAGCCCUAGCUUAUGUCAUAGCUCUAGUACCAGCCUUAGUUUACUUAAUUCUAAGUUUAGUUGGUAAAAGUUUUAAAAGUGUCAUUUUACAUUCAAAAAAGUUACAUUUUUUGAUUUUUUAGGUGAAUCGACGACGAGAAUGGCUACAACAAGGUCGGAAUACACCGUAUUUUGAUGAAAAACGAACCAAAAUUGAACAAGGAGACGAGGACAAGGAACAGGUAUGGCAUUUAAAUUUUUAUGGUUUAUGACGUCUUCAAGCCUAAACUUAUUUUUUAUGCUAAGUAGGGCAUAUUUAAGCUUAAAUGGACAUUUUUAAGCUUAAUAUGACAUUUAUAAGCCUGAACUGAUAAAGUGGCGUUUCUAGCUUGAUAAGACAUUUUUAGGUAUGAAUUUACAUAUUUAAGCCUAAAAUGCCACUUGUAAGCCUAAAGUUACUUUUUAUGCCUAGAACGACAUUUAUAAGUCUUGUCUGAUAAAGUGACAUUUUUAAACGAAAAAUGGCAUUUUUAAGCCUGAGGCGACAUUUUUAAGACCAAGCUGACAUGUUUAACCUCAAAAUGACAUUUUUAAGCCUACAAGAAGAAUGAAAUAUUUUUCUCAAUUUUUCAAAACUUUUGAUUUUAGUGUCUAUACCGCCUACUAGAACACGAUAAAGAACGUCAGGAGACGUUCAAUGACGCCACUGAAGUCAUAAUCGAACAAACGUCAGAAGAGGAAAUUCACCCCGAUGAUAUGGCCAGAAUCUUCAAGAACAUUAUCCAAUACAUGACAUCCAACACCAAUGACAUUAAAUUUAAAAUGUCGCAAAGAUUCAUAUGCGAACCAAUGAGAAUCCUCGCCGAACUUCUGCAACUACAUCAAUAUAUCAGUGUCAUUGAGGACAUGUGCCCGAAACUGGCUGAAAUUCAAUUUACAACGACGGUUCAGUUUAGAAGCGGCAUUGAAAUGCCGAGAAUGGAUCCAGUCACUAAGUUAUCGGAACAUUUGGAAACGACACUUAUGAUUCCGGAGCCGGCUCAUGAAAAUUUGAGCGUGAUCACGCCGGCUCAGAAAACUAAAUUGAGGUACGACAUUUCUAGGUUGAUUAUGACAUUUCAAUGAAAUGUGCAACUUUUUUAACUUAAAAUUACAGUUUUAAGCUUAAUAUGCUAUCGGUAAGCUUAAAGUGACAUUUUAAGCUUAAAAUUGUUUAUUUUCUCUUAAAAUGGCAUUAUAAGAUUAACAUGAUAUCGUUAAGCCUAAAGUGACAUUUUUAAGCCUAAUAUGACAUUUGUAAGCUUAAAUCGAUUUUUCCAAGCCUAAUAUGACAUUUGAAGUGUAAUAUGACAUUUUAAGGACAUUUUUUAAGUGACUAGUGACUGCUAAGCCUAAUAUGACAUAUUUAAGCAUAAAAUGAAAUUUGUAUGCCUAAAAUGACACUUCUGAACCUAAUUUGACAUUUUAAAGCCUAAGUUAAUAUUUAAUGCCUAACUUGACUUUUGUAAGCCUAAAAUUACAUUUUUUACUUAAAUUGAAAUUUUAAACUGUAAAUGUUAUUUCUAAGCCUAAAGUGAAAUUUUUAAGCCUAGAGCUUAAAAUUAAAUGUUUAUGAAAAUCAAUUUUUAAUAUUCAAUUUUUAGGCUACUACCCUCAAGCGACGAAAUUGCCAAAUGGGAGCGUAUGCGAUGGCCAACUGAUAUUCGUGUCAGCAAUGUAUCAACAAUGCUGGAUUCCUCUAAACCUGUUCUUAUUCCGGUAGGCUUAAACUUUGUUUGAGAAUGCUGAUUUUACAAAAAAUGGGUGUUUUGAUUUUUAGGUAACAAACAAUGAAUUUUUGUGUUUGAGGUAACAGAACGUACAAAACCAAUUUUUAAAUAAAAAAUGAAUUUAAGGACCUCCGCCAAGGCGCCAACGUUCAAGAAUCUCAUCUGCGUGAAAGCCAGGAGAAGUUUCUUCAAAACGCCGCCUAUCGUACCAUAGCACGUUCAUUCGGCGCCGCUCUACUUCACUUCCAAUCACGCCAAUCCGAGCCAAUGGAAGCCACAUACAUUGAACGUGUCAACCUCCAUGGCAAACUCGCCCCAUCCAACAUGAAGUUGGAGUACCCAACACCCGAACAACCUCAGAACAAGUCGGCCCAAAAACAAAUGUUGGAAUGGGCUAACUUUUAUAAUGGCGUGGCUAGGGGCUUGUCAACGAUUUUGGGGGCGGAUGCGGAAAGGAAUCUGAAUGAUAACGAAGAAUUGAUGGAUCAUCACUUUCAUUUGUACGGCAGAGGCAAGGAGAACAUGUUGGAUGCUGAUGCGGAGGUGAGAAAAAAUGUAUGCUUAAGAAUGGGAUUUUAGGCUUAAGAAUGGCAUUUUAGGCAUAAAAGGCGUUUUAGGCUUAAAAAUUUUAUUUUAGUUUUAGAAUUGACAUUUUGGACUUAAAAAUAUCGUUUUAGGGUUACAAGUGCCUAUUUAGGCUUAGAAAUGUCACUCUGGGCUUAUAAAGUAAAUUGGCUUAAGAAUUUCAUCGUAGGCUUAUAAAUAACACGUUAGGCUAAAGAAUGGCAUUAUAGGCUUAGAAAUGUGAUUUUAGGCUUAGAAAUGUCACUUUAGACUUAAAAGUGCAAGUUUAGGUAGAAAUGUCACUUUAGACUUAAAAAUGUCAUUUUAGGCUUAGAAAUGUCAAUUUAGGGAUUCUGAAGGUCACUUCAGGUUCACAACUUUCAAUUUAGGCCUUAAAUAUUGCUUUAGGCUUAGAAAUGUGAUUUUAGGCUUAUAAGUAUCAAUCCAGGCUUAAAAAGGUCACUUGAGGCUUAAAAAUAACAUUUUAUGCUUAAAGUUGUUCAUCCUGCACAUAAAUCAAACUCAUAACAUAUUUUAGGCCUUUGAGCGAGUCCAAGACGAGCUACAGGAAAUCGAACGUCGCGACCACAUCCAGCACUCCAAUCGAACUCAAGACGAAGGUCCGCGAGUCGUGGAUUGGGAAUGGGUGUUCCACAAAAUCCGAGAAGACAAGGAGUGCAGUCCAGUGCUGGCAGGCUUCUUAUUGGCAGCCGGUUUGUCGGGUCAGUCCAUGAGUGUGAAUCCGUACGAUCUACACGAGUUUCUGUCACUUUAUGACAAAAUGGUGGUGGUGGCAUUGCUACUAGGGACUUCUGUAGCUUAUCGAGGAACUGCUAAUGUAUAUGUAAGUAGGGGGGGGUGGGGAUAUAGUAAGUGGUAGGGGAGGGAGGGGGGAUUUACAGUGUGAGGAGGGGUAGGAACGACGAUGUUGGUCUAGGUGGGGAAAGGGUGUGGGUGGAGUGGUCAACCUUCUUUCUACUGGUAGCUAGCUACCCCUAUCUUUACCCCUACCCCAUUCCGUAAUGACAUUGCUAUUUUAGAUGAACAAAAUCCUGUACGCCCAUCUGCCCUUCCUCCUACAACCUACAGUAUGCGAUUUUCGAAUCGAGCCAUCGAUUCAAACCGUAUCACUACUAUCACUCGGAUACCUGUUCGCCGAGUCAAUGCAUAUGCACCUCACCAACGACCUUAUCAAUCAAAUGUCCAAAGAAACCUUCUUCGAAACUGACCCAGGAUCAGAACGCUAUUCAUAUGUUCUAGCCGCAGGCUUAGCCGUAGGCCUAAUCAACCUAUGCAAAGGUGAUCAGCUAACAAAGCUGGAACUGCCAGUUCAUGUGAACCAUCUGAGGAUAAGGGAGAGACUGUUCUUGCUACUGAAUGGUGGACUAAGAGACCUGGUGAUAGUAUCGUAUCAGAAGGAUCCAUGUAGUCUGGCACAGUCAGGUUGUUGUUCAUGUGGAAUGAGUCGAGCGGAUCAACGAUAUCAACCUCAACUACAUCAACAUCAUCAUAGGCAGAGGUCGGAUCGGGUGGGCGAUGGUAAGUUGAGCAUGAUUUUUUUAUUUUUGAGGAAGUUUAAGAGUUUUUGGAAUAAUCAUAUGUUCUUAGGCUUAGAAUUAUUAUUUAGAGUCAAAAUUCGAUAUUAAGCAUUAAAUCUCAUUUUAGUCCUAAAAACAUUACUUUAGGCUUAAAAAUAGCAUGACAAGCUUAAAAAUUUCAUUGUAGGCUUAAAAAAUUAUUAUAGGCUUGUAAAUGUUAUUUUAGGCUUAGAAAGCCCAAUUUGGGCUUUAAAAUGUAUUUUUUGGCUUGAGAUUUCAUUUUAGGAUUAGAAAUGUCACUUUAUGCUUAAAAACGUCAGAAUGAGUUUAAAAAUGUAAUAUUAUGAUACAAAUGUCGUUACAUCUAUUUUUAAAUAUUUUAGAAGCCGCUGGCUCAACCGGAGGCACAGGCGGCUCAGCCUCAGUAUCGGCCGCAUCAUCACACGUGGCCGAGCUCAAGAACGUCAAUGUCCACCUAAGUUCACCAGCAGCAUGUGCAGCAAUAGCGCUCGUAUACCUACGAACCAACAACAAAAGCAUCGCUGAUAAGCUGGAGAUCCCAGAAGAACUACAACAACUCGGCCUGAUCCGACCGGACCUCAUUCUGAUGCGAACACUGGCCAAAUGCUUGGUCAUGUACGACUCCAUAGGCCAGACCACUCAAUGGAUCAACAAUCAGAUCCCACCGACCCUGAAAGAAUAUUUUAAAUUGACUCAGAAGCCUCACAAGUGCAGUGAAGAUCUGGGAAUGCUGGCCAGAGCCUACCUCUACGCCAAGGCUGGAGCCUGCUUUGCCAUGGCCUUGAAAUAUCCAAGCACUUGGAAUGAAAAGGUCACUAGUGCUUUGGUAAGUGGUGUGAUUACUUGCUUAUGUUUGGGAUGGGAAGGGGGGAGGGGGGUAUUUGUAAUUUAGAAAAAAGGAGGGGGGGAGGUAGAGGAGUGACUUACAGUGUUUGUUUCGUUUGCCUUGGGCACGGUAAAAAUAUGUUUUAUAGGGAUUGGGUAGGGCUAAAAAUGGCAUUUUAGACUUAAAAAUAUGUUUUACGUUAAGAAAUGUCAUUUUAGGCUUAAAAUGCCAUCAUCGGCUUUAAAUGUUAUUUUAGGCUUAGAAAGAUCAUUUUAGGAUUAAAAGUGCCAGUUAGGCUUAAAAAUAUGUAUUAGUUUAAGAAAUGUCACUUGACAUUUAAAAGUGUCAUUUUAGGCUUAAAAUGCCAUGUUCGACUUAAAAUGUUAUUUUAGGCUUAAAAAGAUCAUUUUAGGCUUAAAAGUACCAUUAAGGCUUAGAAAUCUUAUUGUAGGCUUAAAGUGCCAUUUUAGGUUUAAAAGUGACGUUUUAAUACUAAAAUGACGUUUUCAUUUUAAAAUUACAUUUUUUAAUUUUUUUUCAGAAAGAAGCCUUUGAUCAGCUAUUGAAUGAAUCCAGCUACGCACACGCUUUCAUGUUAUCGAAAGCGGGCGUGAACGCCAAGGAAACGUGCAAAAACGUUCUCAUGAGUUCAUUGGCUAUUGUGAGUUUUGACAUUUUGAAAUUUUGUUACCUAAAAUAUAUUUUUUGUUACCUGAAAACCAAGAAAAGGCCAUAAUUUGGCCUAAAAUUCAAGUUUUUAUUACCUAAAGUAAUAUUUUUGCGAUUUUAUUACCUAAAAACUUUUUUUUAUUACCUAAAGGUCAAAAAAGGGUUAUAAUGUGGCCUAAAAGUUAAUAUUCUUCUAUCAUUUAUACUUCAAAACUAAUUUUUUCAUAUAUUUGUUACCUAAAGCAGCAAAAAACCCUUAAAAACCUUGAUUUUCAGGUGAACGCAGGCAGUGGCGACGUCUCCCUGAUCCGCGCCUUCCGCAAAUGCCGCAACCAACACACUCAGUUCAUCAACCAACCCAAAGAAUCCCACCUAUACUCGACCCAAGUCAUCUCCAACAUGUGCAUCGGCAUGCUGUUCCUGGGGCACGGCCGCUACGGUCUCAGCAUGUCCAACAUGUCCAUCGCCUCACUGUUCAUCGCCUUCCUCCCAGUCUACGGCCACGCCAUCUACGACAACCGCUGCUACUUCCAGGCCUUCCGCUUCCUCUGGACCCUGGCCAUCGAACCCCGCUUCCUGAUCACGGUGGCGGACGGCAGCCUUCAAGCCAUCGAAGCCAAACUCGAAAUCAGCUUCAAGGAUGAGAAUACGGAAGCCCUGAAGGUGAAGACACCGUACCUUUUACCGCCUCUAGAGACGAUAGCCGGCAUUACGGUAGCAGCACCAGGCUUUGAGCCGGUUGUGUUGGAUCUUCAGAAGCCGGAACACUACAGAACGUUGAGGGAAGUGCUGCAGAAAAUGAGUGGACGACUACCGUUGAGGAAGACUACAAAGUAAGUUGGGGUGGUAAAGUGUAUUUUUGAGGAGGCGGUGGUUUUUUCGAGGCGGGGGUGUUUUUUUUUUUUGAGAUGAGGGUGUUUUCGGAUAUUGGGCUAGGGCAGAGCAAUUCAUUUUUAAGGACAGGGCAAUUUAUUGGGGUGGGGCGGGAGGGGUGAAAAAAAGUACAAAAAAUUUUUUUUGAAAAAAACUUUUUACUAAGCUGUAACUGCUUACACUGCCCUUUUUGAAGAGGGCGGGGUAAAUUUUUUCUCGGGGGUGGUAAAAAUUUUUUUUUGAAAAAAUGAAUUUUUAGGUGCUAUUUAUACUCAAAAAAUAAAAUUUUUCGUAUCCCCCCCCGCCAUUAAAAUUAAUUGUUCUGUACGAUCAGUAUAACUUGCACGGUGCAAAAACAAAAAAUUUUUUGAAAAAUUGAAUGAAGCAUUUUUGAAGACAUGUUUGUAUUUUCAGAGCCUGCGGCACCUUUGACUUCCGCAACCUGCCCACCACCAUCCCCAAAACCGACCCGGACCUAUUCGAUCUCAAAUUCGAAGACGUACUAGCUCAAGCUGAAAACCAAAUGGACACUUUCAUAGCACCGCCGGAGUGA